CACCGCUCAGAAGCGACGCUCCGCCCACCCCGACGCGGUCGCUAUGGUAACCGGUCACCGAUUCUAUGGAGUGGCGUUUACUACCAAUUGCAAAUAAGAAAAUCCCAGAUUCAUUCCAAGAUGGCCAAAUAGGAACAGCUCCGGCCUGCAGCUCCCAGCAUGAUUGAUGCAGAAGAUGGGUGAUUUCUGCAUUUCCAACUAAGUAGAGACGGGGUUUCACUGUGUUAGCCAGGAUGGUCUCGAUCUCCUGACUUCGUGAUCCGCCCACCUUGGCCUCCCAAAGUGCUGGGAUUACAGCUGAAAAUGGCACAAAUAGGAGCCGAAGAUCACAGAGAAGCACUAUCUCAGUCUUCCUUAUCCCUCUUGACUAAAACAAUGCAAGUAUUACAGCAAAGUAGCCCUGAAGGCACUUUGGAUGGGAAUACUGUAAACCCGAUUUACAAAUAUAUUUUGAAUGAUUUACCAAGAGAGUUUAUGUCAUCCCAGGCAAAAGCAGUUAUUAAAACUACUGAUGAUUAUUUGCAGUCUCAGUUUGGCCUCAACAGACUUGUGCAUUCAGCAGCAGUAUCAGAAGGGUCAGGACUUCAAGAUUGCUCCACACAUCAAACAGCAUCAGAUCACAGCCAUGAUGAAAUAUCAGACCUAGAUAGCUACAAAUCAAACAGUAAAAAUAAUUCUUGUUUUAUAUCAGCAUCCAAGAGAAACAGACCUGUCAGUGCUCCAGUGGGUCAACUGAGGGUUGCAGAGUUCUCUUCUUUAAAAUUUCAGUCAGCCCGGAAUUGGCAGAACUUGUCUCAAAGACACAAACUUCAACCAAGAGUGAUUAAAGUAACAGCUUACAAAAAUGGAUAUUCAACAGUCUUUGCCAGAGUUACUGUACCAACCAUCACCUUGCUGCUGGGAGAGUGCACAGAAAAGCUGAAUCUGAACAUGGCCGCAAGACGAGUGUUCUUGGCAGACAGCAAGGAAGCCCUCGAACCUGAAGAUGUACCCCAUGAAGCCGAUGUUUAUGUUUCAACGGGAGAGCCCUUUUUAAAUCCAUUCAAAAAAAUUAAAGACCAUCUGUUGUUAAUGAAGAAAGUAACUUGGAAAAUGAAUGGGUUGAUGCUUCCUACUGAUGUCAAAAGACGGAAAACCAAGCCUGUUCUUUCUAUUAGAAUGAAGAAACUUACUGAGAGGACCUCAGUCUGAAUUCUGUUCUUUAAGAAUGGCAUGGGGCAGGAUGGGCAUGAGAUUACAGUGGGAAAAGAAACAAUGAAAAAGGUUUUAGAUACUUGCACAAUAAGAAUGAAUCUAAAUUUACCAGCCAGAUAUUUUUAUGAUUUGUAUGGCAGAAAAAUUGAAGAUAUUUGAAAAGUUCCUCUGCUUGAAAAAUGCCUGCAAAAUUCCAUCACACCUUUGCGAGGACCACUUUGGGUCUCUAAUGGAGAAGGUUUCAGCCCCUCAGGAGCUAAGAUGUACAUCCAAGGAGUUCUUUUGGCCCUGUACCAACGAUUAAAGUCUGCAAAAAAAUUAUUAUAAACAGUUGAACCUAGUCAUGAAUGAACAGGAGAAAAUUACAGAAAAAGUCAUUCUUUCAGUGACAGCAAAGGAACACCAUAAGGAACAAGAAGUGAGCAGGCUGAUUGAUGAAUUGCAGACAGCUAUCAAAAGCAACAGAGGUCAUCUCUGUAAACUUGGCCCCCAAUUACAGGCUGAGCAGGAG